AUGUCGCCGACUCCUUCACCAGAUAUUGGCGAGAAGUCCACUGAUAACUCCGGCGUGACCGCGCCGUUCCAUGCGUCAACGCCGGGCACCAAGUUGCAAAACUACCCUGCGUCGCUCUUCGUGUUCGUAUUCUGGCUUGGCUACAUCGCAGCCAUGAUUUGGCUGCUCAACGAUGUGGCCCGGAGAUCCGCUACAUCUGCGGAAGACUCUCUAUUCGAAAAGAAGGACAUUCUUGCUCAGAUCAUGAGCGUCUUCUUCGCUCAGGCGCACGUCCCCAUCACCGCCAUGCACCUUGGUCGUUUGGCCAUUUCAUCUCUUCAGAAUCCGGACACCGCACCUCACACGUGGACCGAGCUGUUCUGGCUCGCGGAUCGCAGCUGGCAGGGUCCCAUAGCCAUAGGGGGAACAUACUUCACGAUGGCCAAACGUCAUAUGCGCCCUUCCGCGACAUUCUUCCUCUUCUCCUUAGCCUGCCUCAGUGCGGCUGUCACACCCAUCCUCAUUUCCCGGGCAUGGCCGACGCAAGCAGUCCUAACAUCUAUUCCUCGUGGGAUUUGGUCGAACACGUUCUCGCCAGCCCUCAUCAACAAUGUCGAUAGCGCCGCCCAAAUGGGAACUGGACAAGGAGCGUGGACAUCAGGGUUGUCGGUCUUGAAAGUCUACAAUGCUACCACGUUUCUGGCUGAAAUCCCGGAUCCAGUGUCGAAAUCUCAGUCCCCCUCCGAAUUUGUGUUUGCAGGUGAUGUUGUCGGCUACGACGUAGUUGACAUGCCAGCCAUAUACGUCAAUGGCAGCUGCCGCGAGGUGUAUGCUCCGGCCCUUGUGGAUGAUUCGGACCAGACCUUGAAAGAUUGGUGCACUCAUAAAGGAUGGGGCAAGUACUUCUCGUCGACGACACUCUGGUCUUCUACGGGCGUCAGGUUGACGAUCCGUUGGUGCAGCGAUUACUACGCCAACUCAACGGUGAACUUGGAGUGGAUCAACGAAGCACCCUUCUCUUCUGCCAGUAUCAUCGUUCGUAUGAACGGCACAGACACGAAAACAGCCCUCGACGGCUUCAUACAAUGCGACUCGACAUUUGCCACCGGUCGCACCGAUGUCCACGGGCUGCGACAAUCCUUCACGAACUUCCGACAGCACGCUUUCUUCAAUACGACCACCCCCCACAAAGGCAUCCCCUAUCAUCCGCUAUACGCUGCUUUGUUCUCCAUUACAGAAACGUUUGGCGGUAGCACAGAACUUGGAUCGGACGACACGAAUGUAGACGCUGAUGCAGAGCGGGUCGACUCAAUUUUGCGCAUGCUUGGGUACGAAGCUAGAUACGACCCCGUCACCGGGGACAUUCUAUACAACCAAUCCAGCAUCGCGCACAUAGCGGAACAUCUGUGGGCUGGUGCUACCCAUAUGGGUGCUGCCAUUGGCUUGCUCUCCAGAGACACUCUUUUGUUCAACAAAGCCAUCGAACAUCCAAUCGUUUCUGGGAGGAUAAGGGACAACACAUUCGCCGCCCUAGCCGCAGCCGUGCUCGGCAUUUGGCUGACGUCGCUCACCUACUGCACGCUCCGGAUGUACCGACCGACCUUUGGUGGAAGCUUGAAUGCUUAUUCUGCCGCCCGCCUCCUUGCAGAUUGCCCACAUCUCGUGGAAGGUCACUGUUGUGGAGACCUGGACGACAACCACAAGCUACAUGCGUCAUUUGGUCACGUCGCCGAUAUCAUGCCCGAUGAAGCUGUCGGUCAUGUUGGUGUCGCGAAGGGAAACAUCUCAGGUCGUUUAGUGUCACAGAGGCUCUAUCGGGGCUCUCAGCGAGUUUUGCCAGCAUAG